AUGUUCGGAGAGGUGGGUGAGCUGGGAAAGGUUGACGUGGGCGGGCAUGUUAGUUCCAGGUUGAGGUCUGUUGAAUAUGGCACUUGGUCGAUGCUCCAAUACUUGAAUCCAUACUUCCGGAAGAAACGAAAGGGCCCGGCUGGGACAGGUGAACUCUUCAGGUACGGUGAUGCCGACACCGCUGGCACCGUCGACUUGACUACUGUCUUGGAGACGCCCACAUUCUCUCGCCGCUGCGGUUCCAACGAGAUCAAGUGCUUCAGUGAGAACCAGGCGGCUGCUUCGUCCUGCAUGACUCUAAUCGACGGCUUGCUUGCCACUCGUAACAACUUUCCGAAUAGCCCUCGCUGUGUGCGCCAGCUGGGCCGACAACUUGUCGCAUGCCUGGGGGCUGUUGAUGGUGAAGUAAGCGGCAAAGAUGGGGCAAUAUUUGAUGAGUUUGCGAGGGCUUGUGAGGAGAUGGAUGGGAAAAUCAAGGAAUGA